UGUUGUGGGUGAUGUUUGAGAUGGUUUUAAACACGGCUCUGGAGGGCGUGUGUGUGUGUAAUGUGAGAGGCUCCGUUUUUAAUGCUUUCGACAUCCUCAAGCGAACAGAACUGCCCAAGAGAGAGAGAGAGAGGAGAAGAGAGGAGAGAGAGAGAGAGAGACACACACACUCAUACGGAGACACACACACACACGGGCAGGAGGCUACGGGCGCUGUGUCUAACAAAACGCACCAGAGGUCCUCCACAGAGAGAGAGAAAGAGAGAACAGCACCCUCGCUCAACCUUGUGCCUAUUUUGAAGUUUUUUUUUGGCGGAGGUUUCAUGCGGAUGAGAGUGAAGUCUUGUUUUUUAACCUCCUUUGCGGAAGGCUGUAAUUUUUUUUCCACGGAAAGAGCAAGCCAGUCAUUUUGUGUGACGGGUUCAGAGGGUCUCUCUCUCUCUCUCUAUCUGUCUGUCUGUUACUGGGAGGGUUUUCCGUGUUAUCUAGGAAAGCAUUCUGGCGUGCUUGUGAGACCAUCCCCGAUAGGAUGUAACAGAGAGAAACAUUCAAAAACCGGCUACCGGAGAGGAAGUGACACCAUCCGAAGCUUAAAAAGGACACAAUCUUUUUUUUCUUCCGUAAUUGUGUUUUUAUUUGGUUAGAGAGAGAAACUGGCGUUCGGAAAAUAAGACAGGAGCUGGAGAGCGGUGUGUGGUGUGAGAGAGAGAGACGCGGAAAGAGGAAUAUCGACAUACACGGAAAUAUAGCUGGACAUCAAGAGAGAUCAGGAGUGGAAUUUAUAAAAAAAAAACAUCUACCACCCUACUCUACCCCCCUCCAACACACACCCACAAGAAAAAGGCCCUCUCCGGGGAAGAGUCGGAAUUUGGCGAGGAUUGAUGUUGAACAGAAUGGGAACCACGGCACCCCUAUGGAUCACUUGGUGUUUAUUCACACUUGGAGCUGGACAAAACGGAGAGGCACAAUGUGGGGAACGUUUAAACGCAGGAGAAGCAGGUUACAUCACCUCGCCUGGAUACCCACAGGACUACACGGCGCACCAGAUGUGUGAAUGGGUCAUCUAUGCCCCUGAGAGCCACCAGAAGAUCCUGCUGAACUUUAACCCGCAUUUUGAACUUGAAAAACACGACUGCAGGUAUGACUACAUUGAAAUCCGUGAUGGAGACAGGGAGAGUGCGGAUCUGCUGGGCAAACACUGCGGGAACAUCGCCCCAUCAUCCAUCAUCUCCUCAGGUUCUGCGCUCUACAUCAAAUUUGUGUCGGACUACGCACACCAAGGAGCAGGAUUCUCACUGCGUUACGAGAUCUUCAGGACAGGGUCCGACGAUUGCUCCAAGAACUUUACUGCCCCCAGUGGCACGAUUGAGUCUCCCAAGUUCCCUGACAAGUACCCGCACAAUCUGUACUGCACUUACAUCAUUCAGGCACCACCCAGGUCAGAGGUGACCCUCACCAUGCUGACCUUCGACCUGGAAUAUGACCCCCUGCAGAUCGCACCAACAGACUGCAGAUAUGACCGUCUCGACGUCUGGGAUGGUCUUCCGGAAGUGAGCCCACUGAUUGGACGCUACUGUGGUUCCAAGAUCCCGGCGGUGAUUCGUUCUGAUACCGGGAUCAUGUCACUCACCUUCCACACAGAUAUGGCCGUGGCUAAAGAUGGAUUCUCUGCCGUGUACAACAUCACAGCGAAAGACACCGUGGAAUCCUAUCAGUGCAAUAGUCCACUGGGAAUGGAGUCUGGCCAGAUUAGCAACAUGCAGAUCACUGCUUCAUCCUCCUAUACCUACGGAAACUGGGAUGCGACCCAAGGGCGGCUCAAUUACCAAGUCAAUGGUUGGACACCAAAUGAGGACACCAUCAGGGAAUGGAUCCAGGUGGAUCUCGGGAUAUUGAAAAUUGUGACCGGCAUUGCCACCCAGGGGGCUAUCUCUGUAGAUACGGCCAAGAUUUACUUUGUUAGCGCCUACAAGCUGGAAGUGAGCUCCAAUGGAGAAGACUGGAUGGUCUAUCGACAAGGGAAGAACCACAAGUUGUUUCCAGCCAACACGGAUGGUAACGAGGUGGUCCUGAACACACUGACCCCGCCCGUCGUGGCUCGCUUUGUUCGCAUCCGGCCUCAGAAUUGGAAAAAUGGAAUUUCAAUGCGUUUCGAGCUCUACGGCUGCCAGAUUACAAAUGCACCGUGCUCCGAUAUGCUGGGAAUGCUGUCCGGACUCAUCCCCGACUCCCAGAUCACGGCCUCCUCCACCGGGGACUAUCACUGGUCACCGGGCAGUGCCCGGCUCGUCGCCAGCCGAUCGGGCUGGUACCCACGGCAGCCUCACCCUCCGCCCGGCACGGAGUGGCUUCAGGUGGCCCUGCCCACUCCAAAGGCCGUCAGUGCCAUCAUCAUCCAGGGGGCACGUGGAGCAUCGGUCGUGGAUGGUGGCACAGGAGGGGAGAACAAGGCUUUUGUACGGAAGUUUAAAUUGGCGUACAGCAUGAACGGAGCCAACUGGACGUUUGUGAAGGAAUCUGGAGGAUCACGGCAUAAGAUGUUUGAAGGGAACAACAACUACGACACUCCUGAGAUUCGCCGAUUUGAUCCUGUUCCUGCACGCUUUGUCCGAGUGUAUCCAGAGAGAUGGACCCCCGCUGGAAUUGGGAUGCGCUUUGAACUGCAGGGCUGUGAUUUAAUGGCAACCACCACAUCUGUUGCUACCGUUGUCUCCACACAGUGGGUUGGAGAGAAUGCCACAGAGGCUCCGUGUGCCAGUGAGGAUGACCCAUCCUGCAUGGCCAACCCUCAUAUAAUUGAAAUCCAGUCCGGCAUCGAAGGCUUCAACUGCAGUUUCGGGGACUCGCGUGACAACGAACUCUGUGGAUGGACGCACGACCCAUCGGCUGCGUUUAAGUGGACGGUCCAUUCUGGGAGCUCCAAGUUCGAAGAUGUUGGGCUGAACCAGGACCACAGUACAGGCAAACAGAAUUACCUGCACAUUGAAGCCACCAAGAUCGCUGAAGGACAGCGUGCCAGGCUGCUUAGUCCCAUGGUGCCACCCAUCAACAGCCACCGUUGCAUGGUGUUCUGGUACCGGAUGCGUGGUGCCAAUGUUGGUACCUUACGGGUGCUGCUGAGGAAGAAGACCAACGAUGUGAUGCUGUGGUCACUGAGGGGAGAUCAGGGGGACAAGUGGAAAGAGGGCAAGAUCAUCCUUCCAGGAUACAACGUUGAUUAUCAGGUCAUAAUCGAAGGCAUCGCAGGAAUUGAUGUGAGUGAGGACCUGGCGGUUGAUGAUAUCGCCAUAGCGUCGCACAUGUCUCUUGACCAAUGUAUACAACCCAUUAGUGCCUUUCCAGGAAUCCACCCUACUGAUAUACCGACAGAUGUGGGAUCUGACUUGAAUGCUUGGAAAGAUGGAGAUUCGAGUACAGUGGUGCCCGCCGAUGGGAUGUCAGUCACCCCUACAUCUGGGAAGGACAAGAACUGGCUGUACUCCCUGGACCCCAUUCUGGUUACCAUCAUUGUCAUGAGUUCGGUGGGGGUCCUCCUUGGUGCAGUUUGUGCUGGGCUCUUGUUGUACUGCACUUGCUGCUAUGCCGGCCUAUCAAGCCGGAGCUCCACUACCCUGGAGAACUACAACUUUGAGCUCUACGACGGGAUCAAGCACAAAGUGAAAAUGAACCAGCAGAAAUGCUGCUCAGAAGCGUGAUCAUAAUAAGGGGAGCAGACAUUAAACGAAACAAAAAAUGCCUUUGUUAUUAUCAAUAACUUGGCAGUAACAAACAAGAGGAUGCAGUAAGUAAGGAAAUACCUUUGAGUCUUAACCAUUUUCAUUCUGAGCGAACCACACUUUGCCUCCCACCCAGUUAAUUGAGGGGCAUAAUUCAGAACCUCUUAAGAGUCAGCACUAUAAAGCCUUAAUUUGACUAUUUUCCCAAGGAUAUGAGCCAUCAUUACUCCCCUGACUGUGAACUUUGGGGUGAAGUAAAAGCAGGCUGACUUGAUCGCAGCCUGAAACUGGCAUUACUAUCCAGAAAACACGCUGAGGUUUGUUCUGUCCCAUGCUGUGAAGGAAGUAUUUCAAAAUGCAGUGCCGUGUAGCUUUUCUGGUGUUUACUUUCUGUCUUUGGAAUUGUUCGUCCUGCGUUUGGGGCCCGCCAGUAGGUUCAGUGCUUUCCGAAUCCGGGAGCGAAUCCUGAGACCACGCCUCAAACUUAUCCUUCUGGGGUGGGGGGGGGGGGGGGUCGGCGGUCUGACUUAAAAGAUGAGGCCCUCAACAUUUGCUGUUCGUUGAUGUGAAGCUGGAUUCAACCGUUUAAGCAGAGCUUAAAAGAAAUUAUGGACCACAUGCAGAGUGCCUUUUGGACAAGCGUGAUCUAAUAGUUAUGGCAGAUUAGUAUUCAUAUGUCUCCUGUCUGUGACAGGAGAGUGUUUUAUUGGGCACUGUCUUGAGGCCUAUGCAGUGUCUGUUGAUGUCAGAGGACUUUUAUCUAUUAUUAUUUAAUACACAGUGUGUUGACUUUUCUGAAACAGUGUUUUUUGCCUGGAAGGGGAGGGAAUGAGGGCGAAGAUAUUGUUUGCUUUCUGGGGUGGGAGUGGCAUGGUGGGGGGUGAAAGGUGUUCACGCAGCCCUGAAGGUCAAAGGCUUUAACUGGGUGGCCAGAGUUAUGAGGAAGGAUUUCUUGAGUGUCCCUCUUAAGGUGGGAAAAGCUGCUCAAACCACCCCAUCUGUUACCAGAAGCAGAUCCGUCAAGCCCAGCAAGGCUGAAUCAGCAAGACUUUACCAAACAAUGAUUAAAGAAAACGUGAGAAUAAACGCUGACUUUUUGAACACAGGCUUUGCAAUGUGUUACUUGGCAGUGGUUCAGCCGAUGCCACUCAGAUCUUUCAACGUUUUUAUUUUUGUGUGUUGUUGAAUGUGAAUUAGCACUAGAUGACCCAGUACCAGCCGCAUCUCUGUUAUAUGACAAUAUGUUAUUUCGUUUUGAUCUUUCUUUCGGUGUAAUGCUGGCAAUGAACUAUACCAUCCAGUGUGCCUGAAAUCCGGCUCCCGUCGUCUCUCCUCGUCCGUCCGAAAAAGAUGGGGGUGGGGUGAGGUGGUGGGGGGGUGGAGCAUGUCAAGCGAUCGCUCAUUUCCACAGGCUCCGGCAGCCCUUUGCUGCACUCACUUCGUCUUUGAGAUCUGGACGGGGUGCAUUGGGAACCAUCCAGCUGAAGGCAGCGAACCUAAUGCUGUGAUCCAUGCACUGGGCUAUCUUCGUGAAUACAUUCUGGUGGUAUGAGCAUUGUUUACAAGGUUGGCGUGUGUUGCCCAAUCACAACUGCCUUUGAGAAGGUGGUGACGAGCCACCUCCUUGGUGAACUGCAGAGCGUGUAAUGAAGAUGCUCCCAUCAUGCCGUUAGGGAGAGAGUUCUGGGUCUCUGGCUCUGACCAUGAAGGAAUGGUGAUGGCUGUGCCAAUUCAGUUCGGUUGUGGAGCUCUCAUGGGCAGCUUGGAGGUGGUGGGAUGAGGUAGGGGAGAGUUGGCAUUCCCCUACACCUCCGGCCCUUAUUCUUCUAAGUGCCAAAGGUCACAGGUUCGCAAGGUGUUCCCAACAUCAGGUUCAGGAGCCUGGGACCAGCUUGCGCGCCCCCCUCCCCUCUCCGGUGUCAACUGUAGAAUUCGAUUGUGACACAGCUGACUCCUUGUAGCCAGCGUUUUAACAAUUCCGUUUACAACAGACCAAGGAAUGAACUUAACCCGUUAAGAGGGGUGGACAGUGCCAAAAUUACGUUGCAUAACGUAAGAAUUCCUUCCAGGAAUGCAGGCUGGUUCAGAACCCAAGUCCCAGAAGUGGAAAGAUCAAUGUGCCACCAAGGUCCUGUUUAACAGUUUAAUGUCACAAAACAGGACACACGGAAGGCAAGUUUCCUCUUAACUUGAGAUAGGGUUUGAGCGACGAAGUUUUUGGACAAAUCUUUCCAAGUUUUUGGGGGUCGUAAGCAAAGCCGGUUGGUGGAGGGAAACCUCUGCGUGCAUUUCUUUCUCUGGAAUAAAUGUAUUAUAUAAUGUACAUCUCCUAUACAUGCGUACAUUUAUAUAUAUAUAUAUAUAUGGUAUUAUGACGUAUAUUUGAAUGUCUGUGGCGCACUUGCACAUCCCUGGUGACCAGCUCUUAUCUAUGAUGCUCAGUUUCUACCUGGAGUAGGCGUUCCUUGUCUAUCAUGCAGGUAACUGGGAAGUGGUGACUGUAACCAUAUCUUGUGGUGCACGCUGUAUGCAUGCUGCGCAUGUGGCCUGUGGCAUUUUCUUUCAACCUCGGCCUCAGCAAUGACCCGGCCGUAGCGGAGGUCAAUCCAGAUGUGCGCUUGGCUAAGGCAUCACCUCCCUGUUUGCCAAGUGGGAAGUGAUGGGUGCCAUCUUUUGGAAUGGGUGGGACUGGUAUCGUAAUUGCCUUAAGGAGAAGAUUAGGCCAACACACGAGGCAGAAAGGAACAGAAGGAUACGGCAAUAACCUGAGACGGAUUAGAGCGACAGGAGGUUUGUGUGGAGCACAUACACUUGGGCCGAAUGGCCUGUUUCUGAGCUGUGCAUUGUGUGUUAUUCUACCACUUCCUGUAUGCGUUAGCCGUAUUUUUUUUUGUGAUGCUAGUUUACAUACAUGUGGUCACCAGCGCACAACAUACACAUGUAAAGAUUCUUGUGAGCGUCAUAUGGUCGUGCGUUCAUUUUUGAGGUAAAUUAUUUAGUCCAAAUGGCAAAGAGGGCAGUGCCUUACCCACAGCCCUGUGGGUGAUGUGAGGUUGGAGGAUGGUGUGGUGUGAGGCACUAGCCUGUUCUUUGGGUGGAUUAUUACUACUGACCCACUUUCCCUCCCCCCCUCCACGCGGGAGCGCUCUGUGGGGCCUUGGGCAGGGAGUUACGUUUAGUGGGCCUCCUUUGACUUGCAGUUGUCGACUGGUUUCUACAACUUUGUGGGGCAUAAUGUCAGAGGCUUGCAACGUGCGCUGGAGGCACAGUAAUCACCUUGCCUCCCGUGAGGACGCAAAUGAUUGUUUUCCUUGUAGAUUUGAAAUACUGUCUUAAUAAAGUCAUUGUUAAAGGAA